CGGGCGAGCUUUGCCAGAUUACCCCGAGCCUUUGGGAUCUCCGGAGCCGGGAGCGCUGCGGGAGGAGCACGGCCAGGCCAGGCUGCAGCCGCGGCCCCGUUUCUCUGCUGCCGGCAUUCCCAAACCAGCCCAACGGAGCCCUCGGAGAGCGCCAUGGACGAGUGGGAUCUCCCACAAUGGAAAAAAGAGGUGGAAAGCCUCAAGUACCAGCUGGCCUACAAGAGGGAGAUGUCCUCCAAGACCAUACCUGAGUUCGUGAAGUGGAUCGAGGACGGGAUUCCCGAGGAUCCCUUCCUGAACCCGGAGCUGAUGAAGAACAACCCCUGGGUGGAGAAAGGCAAAUGCAUCAUCCUCUGAGCUCCAGUUCCAACAGCAGAGCCCGAGCACAACCCUGCCCUGCCCCCUUCCCUCGCUGGUAGCUGUAGAAGGGGUUUUAGACGUGGGGGGACACGGGGGAGCCCCCCAGGAUGGGCAGCCUGGGGGGCAGGAGAGCAAAAGCUGCUCCAGGGCUUCGCUGCAGCUUCCUCCCGAAAAAGGCAGAUUUUUGCAACUUGUAUAGAAGCUUUUUAUAAAACCCCCCAUUUUUAGUGAUUUUAGAUACUUUUGUACACUGUAGGACAUCGUUUCACAGCAAACCAGGCAGAAUCUGACACCUCAACGUUUAUGACUGAA